GUGAGGUGCGGCGCGUAGCGCGCGGACCGCACGCACCGCGGCGGUGCGAGGCGGCGCAGCCAGCCAGCCGGUGUGAAAGUGGUCGCAAGUGGGGAUUAGCGCAGCGGCGACGGCAUGACUAGCUCCGGCGACUGACGGCCUGCUCAGCACCGCUCUCGCAGGUGCGCCAGUCGGGGGCGUGGCUGAGGCAGUCGUGGCGCCCGAUCGACAGCGUCAGCGCGGGUUUGCCCUGCUGCCGUAUCUUAUCAGGCCUCGGCCGGUCGUCAUGACCACGCCUGAUGGGCUAACGCGCUGGAUGCGAUGCGACUCGGCUGGUGUUUGCGUUUGCUGCCGCUGGCGGCGCUGGCGGCGGUGACGGCGGCCGUCUGUCCGUCGCGCUGUCGCUGUGAUGACACCGCGCUGGAAACCAACUGCACGGGCGCCCGGCUGAACAGCUUUCCAAUCGCACUCAACCCGCGCCUCAAACGUCUCCUGCUGGCCGACAAUGCCAUCCGCCGCCUGGACGCCAGCAUGGUGUCCUCGUACAACUUCCUGGAGUAUCUCGACCUCAGCAGCAACAACAUGGUGAGCGUGCAGGCUGGCAGCUUCGCGGACCAGAAGAAUUUGCUAGAGCUGCGGCUCAGUCAGAACCAGCUGCUGGAGCUGGAGCCGCAGGUGUUCCUCGGCCUGAAGCAGCUCAGCGUGCUCGACCUCAGCCACAACCGGCUUCGCGAGCUGCCCGAGGGCCUGCUGCAGCCGACGCCGCUGCUGCAGCAGCUGAACCUGGCCGGAAAUCUACUGCCGACCCUGACGGCCGGCGCGCUGCUGGGUGCCGUCAGCCUGCGCCGCCUUAACGUCGCCGACAACGAGCUACGCCAGGUGCCGGCGGCGGCGCUAGCGCAGCUGGCGGAGCUCGACUCGCUCAGCCUGGCCGGCAACAGCAUCACGCGUCUGUCGGCCGACGAGCUGGCGCUGGCCGGGCCACGCCUCACCGACCUCAGCCUGGCCGGUAACCAGCUGACGGCGCUGGCCGGGGGCACCUUCCGUCGGCUGACGUCACUGCGCCGGCUGAACCUGGCCUCCACGGCGCUGGCGACUGCCGACGCCGAGACGUUUGCCGGCCUGCAUCGGCUGGAGGAGCUGCACCUGGGCGGCAACCCUCUGUCCCGUCUGGGAGCCGCUGCGCUUAGCACCCUGCCGCGGCUGCGGCUCGUCGCGGCACGCGCGUGCCCCGGCCUCAACACGAUCGAGGCGGGCGCCUUCGCGCACAACCCGGCGCUGGACACGGUGUUGCUGGAGGAGAACCCGAGCCUGGCGGCGCUGCCGCGCGAGCUCUGCCUGCGCCUGCCACUGUUGCGCCGGCUCAGCCUGCACGCUAACGCGCUCACUUCGCUGCCAGCCGACGCGGCGGACUGGACGCGCGUGCACGCGGAUCUCAGCGGCAACCCCUGGCGCUGCGACUGUAAGUUGCGCUGGCUGGCGCAGCUGCCAGCCGCCGCCAACGCGAGUGGCGCCAUCUGCGCUGCGCCGGCGGCGCUGCGCGGCCGCCUCGUGCGCGACGUGGCGCCGGACGAGCUGGACUGCGGCGGUGCUGAGGCCAGCUCGCUAGCGCUCAUCGUGGGCUUGAGUGUGGCGGCGGCCCUACUGCUGCUGCUCGCCGUGCUGCUCUGCUACCGCUACCGGCACCGGCUGCACAAGAUGUUCAAGGUGCUGCCGUGGCGCGACCGGGUCGGGCUGAAGCGGAAGGAGCCGUACCACCACGGCACCACCUACUACUGCCAUGACAUGUAUGACCCGAUCCACCCGCGGGACAGCAAGCCCAUCCCCGUCACCGAGUUGUGAUCGCGUCGCCGCGCCCGCGGCUGCCGGUAGAGUAGUGCUAGUUACCAAAGACAGGGUGACCGCGGCCGGUCCCUCGAUUGGUGGCGGUGCGUGUUGGAGGUUGGAUCGCUCAGUGGCCUAUGAGGGGUUGACGUGACGGUGGUGCUGGAGUGAGGCCACACGACCGCCGGUGGGCCACGAAGUCAAGCAUAUCAUCUGUGUUGAGCGCUGUUUGGCGGGGGUGCCGCGUCAGCUGCCUCUGAGGCUGCUCUGGUGCCGCCAGCAGACUGUGAGGCUGUUGCGGCGCCGUCAGCUGUGUAUGGGGCUACUGCGGCGCCGUCAGUCGUCUGUGAAGCUGCUGUGGUGACGCCAGCUAUCAGGCUGCCGUGGUGUCGUCAGCUGUCAGUGAGGCUGCUGCGGCGCCGUCAGCUGUGUAUGGAGCUACUGCGGCGCCGUCAGCCGUCUGUGAAGCUGCUGUGGUGACGCCAGCUAUCAGGCUGCCGUGGUGUCGUCAUCUGUCAGUGAGGCUGCUGCGGCGCCGUCAGCUGUGCAUGGGGCUACUGCGGCGCCGUCAGCCGUCUGUCAGGCUGCUGUGGUGACGCCAGCUGUCAGGCUGCCGUGGUGUCGUCAGCUGUCAGUGAGGCUGCUGCGGCGCCGUCAGCUGUGUAUGGGGCUACUGCGGCGCCGUCAGCCGUCCGUCAGGCUGCUGUGGUGACGCCAGCUAUCAGGCUGCCGUGGUGUCGUCAGCUGUCAGUGAGGCGGCUGCGGUACCGUCAGCUGUCGGGCUGCUGUGGCGUCGCAGCAUUUCGCCUCACUGUACGGUCGACGCUUGGCCACCUCCUCCUUUCAUGCGAGUCAGGUGACGCGAGCUCCGCGUGGCGAGGUGCCUGCGCGCGGGCACCGCGGCGGGGGCGCACGGCCCUCCGUAGAUGCUAGUCUUCCCUCGGUCGUGGUUUUCGCGCACGUCGCGUCGGCAUUGUUGCGGAAAGUUGAUGGCCUCGAACAGUGAGCGUGCUUCAGCUGCCUUUGCUCCAGCAUGUGUUGCGCCUAGUUUAGUGUCGUACCCGUUUUACCACAAGUGAUUGAAAACGCGUUAUCAAUCAUGCGUAAUCCUUGGAAGCGUCAUUUUUUAACGCAGUUAUAACUAGCUGCAGCCGAAUAUGGACGUUGCGUGCCUCACGCACCCAAGCUGUCACGGCUAUGCAGAGGAGUGACCUUUGUUGCCGGUAAUCCUGGUUUGGAUAUUAUCAGAUCGCGCAGACUUGACGUGAUUUUGAGUGCGGAGCCGAGCGCCUCAGUCUGCGCCUGCCGCCGCCGCGCCUGCUCAGGGCUACUGGCAGCUUCCCGGCGCGGCGCGCUCUAGUCGUCGGUCGGCGCCGUCCGUUCGCCGGCCUCCGGCUUCUCCGGUGCAGCCGCAGGAUAAAAGGCGCCCGUCCGCUUUCUGUUGCCGCAGCCGUGAGCGUUUGUUUUUGUUAUGAUGCAUUCCAGUUUCAAUGGGGUGGCAGCGUGCCAUUCGCCAGGCUGCCUGGCGGGACCGCCAGGCGCUCGGCCCCCCUCUAUCAGCACAGAGGCGAACUGCGCCGGUGCAGUCGGCCCUCUGAGUAGUCGAAAGACGUCGGCGACCGUGGCCUGGCUUCAGACUCGCCUUCGGCCUUCGUCAUGGGCUUCAGCGGUUUUAUGCUGGCAGCGGUUGUCGAGCCCAAAUCACUUCAUCUAUGCAAAAUGUACAUAUUGCUGUGCGGAGCUCGUGGGGAUUGAGGUGAUGUGAACGUGCGCAACAGAGGCGUGCACCCCGAGUCCGCGUUUUGAUGCUCCCGUUUGUCCGUCGUCUUCGACCGCUUUCGAUUCUGGUAAGAUGCUUCGUAUGUUCCGGUAUGUGCCAAGCCUGUCAUGACCACGUAUUUGCAUAUUACAGUGAGUUACAUUG